AUGCUUCAAGGUGUUUCAGAGGUAGCCGCGGUGUGUGUCGGCCUGGUCGGGCUGAUCGGGGCGGCGGCUGCUACAGGGAUGCCCAUGUGGAAGGUGACAGCUUUCAUUGGAGAGAACAUUAUUGUGAUGGAAACCCGCUGGGAGGGCUUGUGGAUGAACUGCUACCGACAGGCCAACAUUAGGAUGCAGUGUAAGGUGUAUGACUCACUGCUGUUCCUGCCCCCGGAGUUACAGGCAGCCAGGGGUCUGAUGUGCUGCUCUGUGGCCCUGUCGGGGCUGGGGCUCCUCGUGGCUCUGGCAGGGAUGAGGUGUACCUCCUGCGUUCAGGGUAAUGAUUGGGCCAAGACCAUUAUCCUGUUGGCUGCAGGUGUUAUGCAGCUCAUGGCAUGCAUCUGUGUCUUAAUCCCUGUGUCGUGGACAGGUCACGUCAUCAUUAGAGAUUUUUACAAUCCUCUGCUGAUUGAUGCCCAGAGAAGGGAGCUAGGAGAGGCUCUCUACAUCGGUUGGGUGACCGGCGCCUUCCUUUUCGCCUCAGCGAUGUUGUUUGUCUGCCGCCAUUUGCCCUCAGACAAAGGCUCGUUCGAAGUGUACCACCCGGCCAACUUGCCCGGUUACAGGCCAGCACCCAACAAGCCAACUCUGAUGAGGUAUAAUCCCAUCUCCAGUGUUUCAAGCCUCCGAUCCAUUGCAUACCCGCCUUCUCUGCCGAACGGUGGCUCCGUUGGACCACGACUUGCAAUGCCACUGGAAAAUAUCCCUCAAGUAAUGACAAAUGAUGGAGCCCUGAUCAAGCCUCCCGCCGUCUAUUACCCAGGUCCGCCUGAAAAUGUGUCACUGUUAUAUCAAGGUAGCAUGGCUCACCAUUCCUCCCUGCGGAGUUCUAACCAUGUUGGAAGCAUGUAUACUCCGGGGACCUCCUUGUACACAGGCCAACACACCACGCCACAUUCCUUGAUUUAUACCGCUAAUCCCACUGCCUCCUACCAGUCCAGUUUCCAUCCGGUGCCACAAACUCCCGUUUUCAUAGGAUACACGGCAUCAAGGAUUCAACCAGAGUCUCACAGUGGGAGCAGUCCUGGUAUAUACAUAUAA